AUGUCUGAUUCGAUUCUUCUCCCAAAGAUAAUUGCUGAUCUGGAAUGGCCGAUAGCACGUGAACUGUUACAAACGAAAUAUGACUUGUCGAUCGAUGAGACCGAGAAGUUGUUUUGUGCUAAGUAUACACAUGACAGCCACUUAUGGUCAAACGGCAGCGACGAACAGAAGCUUGUUUUGACACAAAAUCGUGGUGCAAUUUAUGAAAAAACUCCUCCGUAUCGCUUAGUUUGCUUGCCGUUCUAUAAGUUUUGGAAUUAUAACGAAUCUCAUGCAAGUACUGGCACUUGGACAUCGUUUACUGAAAAACUAGAUGGUUCAUUCUUUAAAGUUUACUAUUUCGAAAAUGAAUGGCACGUGAGUAGUAAUAGUCGAAUCGAUAUCAAACAAUAUCGAGAAAAAUACCUUCGAUCGGGUAAAACCAAUGAACAGUUAUGGCAAGAAGCAUCCGUAGCAGCUGGACUUGAUUACUCAAAACUAAAUCCAAGAUAUGCCUAUUUCUUCGAACGUGUCCAUCCAGAUUACACCAUUGUUAUUCAUUACGAACAACCGAUGUUAUAUCAUAUAGGUACACGUGAUAUGUCGACAUUAGAAGAAAUAGAUNAGUUAUGGCAAGAAGCAUCCGUAGCAGCUGGACUUGAUUACUCAAAACUAAAUCCAAGAUAUGCCUAUUUCUUCGAACGUGUCCAUCCAGAUUACACCAUUGUUAUUCAUUACGAACAACCGAUGUUAUAUCAUAUAGGUACACGUGAUAUGUCGACAUUAGAAGAAAUAGAUGUCGAUAUUGGAGUUCGAAAGCCGCGUUCAUUUCCCUUCUCACAAUUGAGUGAAUGUUUACAGUAUGUGAAUAAGAUGAGUCCCAUGGAAGGAGAAGGCAUUGUUGCUUGUGACGUACGGACAUAUCAUCGAAUCAAGAUCAAGAGUCCAUCGUACUUGCUGAUUCAUUCACAAACAGUGGGAAUAAAGAAUCAAAAUAAUGUAAGACAAUUCUGUUUGAAUAUUUGGUUGCAAGGUGAAAAACAAGAAUAUCUCAGUUAUUUUCCGCAGUACGUUCAAGAUUACGAUCUGGUGGAAAACGAAUUGGAACAAUCGAUUAUACCAAAUAUUAUCGAUGAAUUCACGAAAUUAUAUAGCAACGACAGCAAGGAAUUCUUCCGUAAUCUCAAUCGUGAUUAUCCAUCAUCAGGCAAGCCAGAUCAAGAUCGAAAACGACAAAUAUUCACAAAUAUAUUUCAUCAAUGUUUCAACGACGAUUGGUUGACUUUCGAUGAUGAGCGAAAGCGUGCGAUUGUACGAAAUAUAUUCAAACAACGCAAUCGAGAUAAUCCAAACAAGUUCAUCUUUGAAAAGUAUCUCUCGUCAGUCAUGAACUUUAGUGUAAAAUAG